AUGCCCAUUCUGAGCCUCCCCAAUCCUCAACCUACUUCGUCAUCACUGCGCAAGAAGCUCAGCGUCCGAGCUUUGUCCGUCAAGUUCCGCCACAAGUUCCGCAGACCCAGGGCGCAACAGCCGUCCGAACCCGAAAUCGUCCGGCUACCUCACAUCCCGCCAGAGCUCUGGGGCCUCAUCAUUCAGCACGCCUGCUUGUUCCACCAUGACCCUCUGGACACAUCACAAGACCUUUCCUUCCUCGAGUCACCCUCCACGCAGCUCGCGACAUACCGCUCUUGCAUGGCUACAAAGCGGAACCUCUCUCUCGUGUCGUCGCAAUGGAACGCCCUCACUCGCAGUUUCCUCUUCGAGUUCGUCUGGAUAUCGCGCGCAGCGCAGGCCAAAGCUUUGGCGCGAACCCUUCUCAUGGAGUAUGUGGAGAACUUUUCGUCCAGCGGGAAGUUCAUCAGGCGACUCCACAUCGAGACGCCAGCGCUCGAGCGGUGCGCACCCGCCGACCUUCGAACUAUACUCGAUUACUCGCCGCACCUAGCCAUCUACUCGGACCACCAUUCCGUGCAACGUAACGUCCUCGAGGAUUCGCCUGAUCCCCGUUGUAGUCCAGAAGAGAUUCUCAAGCUUGUCGCCCAGCCCAAGAUCCGACGACUCAGCUGGACGAGCUACGACGAUGUACCAUUUGAGCUCCGAAUGGCACCGCUCGUGAAGAACGUGACCACGCGACUGGAAUACCUCGAACUGUCGUCUCGCUGUACGGACCUGUCAGGGUUCAACAACGCGCUCACGGCCUCUUCCACAACUGGCAACUUUGGCCACCUGCAGAUGAAUGUUCACCUGCCAUCCUUGCGAGCGCUCAAGGUGUCGCUCGAUAACAACACAUUCGCCGUCUUGGCGUCAUGGGACAUGCCCGCACUAACGAACCUCUCCGUGAUGUCCUCGGACUUCAGCUACACGGGCGAAGGCUUCUCGCGCUUCUUCCAGGCGCACGGCCGCAAGCUCAUGCAGCUCGAGCUCGGCCACUCGUCCUCUCUCAUUGAGGAAUACUACCUCACUACUCCCCAACACCUCGUCGCCCUUCAGCAGCAGAACCAGAACCAGCCCGCUCACUCGCCCCCUGUGCCUCUCGCGGAGUGGUGCCCGAACCUCCGUGAGUUCAUCUGCUCGGCUGACGCCGAGUGGCACUGGCAGAGUCCCGACUGGAUCGCGCCGCACAUCCUCCUCCCGGCCCAUCCCCGCGUGGAGCUGAUCGGCAUCCGCGACAUCGACACGCGCCUGCUCGAAGACCCUAUCUCAUCCCGACUCGACACCGACUCGACCUCGUCCACAAUCCUCUCGUAUGACUCUCUCGACGUCAACGAUGCGGACACCCCAUACUUCCUACUCUACGAGCAGAUCUCGUCCCUCCUGAGCCGCGACGCGUUCCCGAGUCUGCGCUUCGUGCGCGAUCUGAGCGCGGAGAGCCACCGGAUGCGCACGGUCAGGCCCAGCGCGCGUGUGCUGCAGUUCUGGAAGAAGGUCGUAGCGCGCUGCGCCGAGCGCGCCGUGUGGUUCGAAGACUGUACAGGGGUGAACGUCACGCAGGGCGCGCUCAGGCGCGCUACGCUCAAUGUCGGUGGGGAGAUGGGGGCCGCAUGAUGCGGUUCUCAUCAUGCCCACCCAUGAGGUUUUUGGAUAUGCAGCGCGGCCGCCCGCGAGGUUCUUGGAUACGUGUAUUGGUUUUCUUUCUGAUGCCGCGCUGCGGCCACGACAACGACUAUGCCGACGACAUUAUAUGACAUGACAUGACACGAUAUGACUUACAUGCGCCCCUCCCUUCCCCUCCUCCAACCAUCUCAUGCGCUCUCCGCCAUUGCGUUUCAAGCAUCAACCAACCGUCAACACCGAACAUACCAUCCGCAUACAGCAUCGCCACCAAUACCCCUGUCCAUCAUCAACGUCAACACGCAACACAAUCAUCUACCAUCCCGUGUACACUCAAUCCCCGUUAACACCAUCGAUCUCAUCCCGCAUCCCUCCCGCAGCUUCCGCGUCCCCGUCUCUGCCCGCACACGCAAUUCCGAGUGUACAUACAUACCCUUCACGUCGCAUCUAUCCGCC